UAGCUAAUCGGAUGCUUAAUAUCACCAGAAUUCUUCCCAAAACAGGGAUGAGGUCAGCCAAUCAUUUUCAUACCGUUACAAGAGCAAAAACUGUUAAGCCAACCUUCAGAGAUCCAAAUCAAACCUUCAUGUUUAACUCUUCAUUAUUCAGAUUUGAAAGAAGAGGAUUUUUGAAAGAUGAAUAUAAACAGAAAAUGAAACAAUUUGCCAAAAGCACAACUGAGAAUGCUAAGAAGAUAGGAAAUAAAGUUUAUGAGAAUAUGCCUGAUAAGGAAACUACUAAAUCUACCCUAAAAUCUGCUUCACAAGUAACUUCCAAAGCUGGAAAGCAGGUUUUUAAUAAGCUCAGUGAGCUUGCUAAGAACCAGAAGGAGAAUAUAUCCUCUUAUGAACAGAAGCAAUCUGGCACUUCAUCUCCUAAUCAAGAGACUAAGAGGAGCUCAGCUUCUUCUGGAUCUAGGAAAGAUACUUCUAGUCAACAAAAAUCUGGAGGAUUUUUCAACACUAAAAAGGAGGACAUUCACAGUCUUCCAGGGAAAGUAUCCUUCCUGGGUAAAUUCUUCGCUUUUGUUGCCAAAACAAUUGCUAGGGUCACAAAGUGGUUCUCUCGUAAGAUCUUCGGAAGGCUUUUUACAUCCGCUAGUUCAGGGAUAUUCAGAGCUUUCAAGGACAGGAUAGUCACUAAAGCCCUGCUGUUGCUAGGAGGUCUCAUCUCUUUAGUCGUGGCCUAUAAGAGCUUAAAGAAAUAUGUUAAAGGCAGAAAAUUCAGGAAGAAAGACCAAGAAAUCGAAGAGCUGAAGAAUGAGAUAAGAGUCAUGAAGGAUGAGCUCAAUAGUGAAAUAAAAUAUCUCAGACAAAUUAGGGAAAAGAAAGGCUAAUUUGAGUCCAGAUAUGUUAGAGUAAAUACUUGGAAUGAUAUCUAAAUCCUUCAAAGGAAUAAAUG